GUCCUGGCAGAGGGAAAGGUCCGCCUGCCUCUGCUUACCCUGUGAUGCUCCAUCAGAGUCCUUCCAACUAUGCUGCGGCUGCUGGUAGCACAGCACCACCGCCAGAUCUGUAUGCAGGCAAUUUAGAUGGAGUGGGUGAUCCAUCAACUCUCACUCGUGCCCAACAAGAAGAACUAGAAAUGUAUUAUAGAAAAGGAACAGAUCAGCAUUUAACAUUUUUGCGCAACAUGCGUGAAGCUCAUGCUAUGUACCCUUUUACGGGUAAGCGUGACAAAGAACUUUUCGAUAAAGCGUUGGCAGAGCUCUUCCUUCGUAUGCCUGUCCUCACGUAUCACCCUAAAAGGGCUUUGGAGACAUUCUAUGUUAAUGCAACGCGGAAAAUGCAAAAAAGACGUCUCAGAGCCAAUGUGAAGGGUCAGUUCAAGUCACCAGCACGUGGUGGCCGAGGGCAUCAGUUUGGCCGUCAGGCUUUCCAUGGUGGGCAGCAGGGCUUUCCUUACACCCCCGGAGGUUAUCCAGGGCACCCAGGACUUCAGGGCAUGGAGAGGAGAGCAUCGUCAGCAGGUUCAGAAGGUGAAAGUUUUCUGCAAGCACCAGGAGAUGAAACCUAUGAUUAUCAGCAGUUAGCAUCUGAUGACAGCCACGACACGCAGCAGUCAAUGGGGGACUUCAGCCAGUCUCAGGCCGGCUUCCAUGGGGCAUUUGGUAACGGCAGCAGUCAGCAGGGUGGAGAAGCUCGAUUAGACCAACAAGCUGGAGAUGGUGGUGGUGGGGGACAUAACAGUGAAGGUGGAGGUAGUGGGCUUCCGCACAGCCCCCCAGACAUUAAAUACGAGGUCACCCCCAUGCCAUUUAUGAAGACCAAUGACUUUGAACUUAUAGAGAUAGAUCCUGACGAUGAAGAUGACAUUUAA